AUGCAGAUUCUGGUGGAAGCCCUCCUCAAGGCCUGGGAUCUGUAUUCUAAUAAGCUCAUCACGUGGCUACUAGAAUUUGAAGAUUACUCGGGGGACGCAGAGGGGUCAGGAAACCUCCCUCGAGGUCGGGCCGUCGGUCUGAUCGCGGGUCCACCCGUCCUGCCGUCUGCCAACAGCCGCCUCCGCGGAGAAUGGGGGAACAAAGGGAGGGGGCGGUUCUGCGAACCCCGGAGGGAAUCCAGGGUCCCAGGUGCUCUGCCCUGUCCGCUGACACUUUCGGUUUCUCCCCGAGUCAGAGGCGCCGCCCGAGAGACCCUGGGCGGGCGCCGGGCGCAGCCGCCUCUCCGCGUUUGCCUGUGCGUCUUUGUGUCUGUCUGUGUCUGUCAGGCUGUCCCCGAGCUUGGCUCCACUUCUAGAACUAAGCUUCCGGCAGAGCGACAACCCGCGGACCUCAUCCCUUUCCUAUGGCAGAUUGACCAGAUCCUGGUUCACCAGAGGGCUGGGCGCGUGGAAAGGCGCCUAGGCUGGGAGACAAGUAACUGGUAUGAACUGCGCUCAGGGGCUGGGCAGCCCCUGGUGGACCCCGGGGACCGAGAAGUGCUGCGCCUGCUCCGCCCCCUCCACUGUGGCUGCAGCUGCUGCCCGUGCGGCCUCCAGGAGAUGGAAGUGCAGUCGCCACCAGGCACCACCAUUGGCCACGUGCUGCAGACCUGGCACCCCUUCCUCCCCAAGUUCUCCAUCCAAGACGCCGAUCGCCUCACCAUCCUGCGAGUGGUGGGGCCCUGCUGGACCUGCGGCUGUGGCUCAGACACCAACUUUGAGGUGAAGACUCCGGAUGAGUCCCGCAGUGUGGGCCGCAUCAGCAAGCAGUGGGGGGGGCUGGUCCAAGAAGCCCUCACGGAUGCAGACGACUUUGGCUUGCAGUUCCCGCUGGAUCUGGACGUGAGAGUGAAGGCCGUGCUGCUGGGAGCCACGUUCCUCAUUGACUACAUGUUCUUCGAGAAGCGAGGAGGCACCGGGCCCUCUGCCAUCACCAGUUAGACGGCAUCUCAGGGUGAGGACCAUCAUCUCAGCCAGAACUCAAGAUGGUCACCUGGCCUGGCCUGGCCCCUCCUCAGAGGCAGCCCCUCUCCUCCAUGUUCACUGCAGAGGACAGACAGGGAUGCCUAAGAGGCUGGGGCCAUGGUGCCCCAUCCCUACCCUACUCCCCUGGCCUCCUUCACCUGUGGCCCCCACAGAAGGGUAUGUAUGAGAGCCCUUACCCUGCUACCUCUCACCGCUGUCUCCGGCCAUCCCUCAGCACACAGGCAUAUCGGCUUUCAGACUUGCCCUACUCACUGCCUCUCACCCCCUUCCAGGGCCUCUGCUCUGGAUGGGGCCUUGGGAAUCCAGGGCUCUGGGGUUUUACAACAGAGCUGGGGUGGGGAAGGGGAAACAGCACCAAAGAUGGCUGAUAUGCCACCCACCUUGUUCUGCCUCAGCUUGUCCAAUUAGUUCAGCCUCAGAAUGUGGCACUCAGAGGAGAUCCCUACUUCCCCAGCAACUGCUAGGGCCUCGCGGCCCCAGUGCCAACUCCUCUUCCCCUUGGCCCUCCCCACAGCUGGUGCUUGCUGCAGCUCCGUGUGCCUUAACCAACCACCCCUUCCUUCCCUGUUCCUACAAAGGAGGCUGCAUCUUUGUAUGUUAUAUUCAUAUAAACUUUGUAAUGUUUUGGACAUUG